CAAGAUGAUUGAAAGUCCAGUAUGUGAUUUAAAAAGAGAUGAUACAGUUUAUAAGACUGCAGGUGCCGCACAUCUUAAAAAAUAUGGUCAAUUUUUUGAGAAUUUGGCAGAAAAAUAUUGGCAAGACUCUUCAGUUUUUGAAUAUGUAAUUGAAGGACCUAUUAGACUUAUAUAUAAAGUUAAUGAAGAUAUUAGUAUAUUGUCAUUAGCUGAAACUGAUAAUAAAAUAUUUUCAAAAUUGUUAGCUAGCAUUGGUGGAACCUGCAGAGAGAUAAGACUUUUAAAAGCUGAAGCUAGUAAAUUUUAUAUUAAAUUGUUUAAUCAUGGAGAACGUUGUGCUGAUCACAAAGAUCAUAAAAUUGAGAGUCUCCUUUCAGAUCUACAAGAUUUAUCAAUAUAUAUCAAUAGAAUAAUGACUGUUAUUCAUUUAACAGUAAAACAGUUAUCAAAUUUGGCAAAUAAUAUUCAUCAAGAAAUUUAUUUACCAGUACUUAUUGAUUACUUAUUGGAUUUAUUUAUUAUUCUUGUUAUAUUGGAUGCAUUAAUUAACAGUCAACCUGCAUUAGUGGAAAAGUGGAAUAUCUAUCGAUUUAAAGUAAAAUCAGUAUAUAAUUCAGCUCAGUUUAAUAUUCCUCAGAAAAGAUUAUUAACAUAUGAAAAAUUGUUAAAGGAUUUGCAUAUUCAAUUACUUUCCAAAAAACUAUUUUUAAAGGCUAUAGAAUAUAUAAUGGAUAUUAAUAAGACUACAAUAAUGUGUGAUCAUAUAUUAUGUUUUUUAAGAAAUGUGAUAACAGAUGUAGAAAAUAAAAUUAAUGAUAAUGCUACAAUUAACAAAAGUUGGAUGCAAGCAAAUAUUGGUAUUGUUAUUGUUAUAAAACUAUUUGGUGCAUGUGAUAAAAAAUUAUUGAAAAGAAUUAUAGAAACUAAUAAGAAACUUUAUGCUGUUAGUUUGCUUGGGAAUAUUGUUUGGUUACCAAAUGAUUUUUUGACAGAUUGUUUACCAAGAGAUGGAAUAAUUGCAAUUCCUUUACAAGUAGGUGAGAAAUUACUCGUUGCUAGAGUUCAAAGACUACCAUCUAUUGUAAGUAAUUUAAUUAACAGAGCUUUAAUAUGGGUCAUUGAAAUGCAAAAUAUUUUAAUAAAAACAGGAUUUCAAAUAUUUUCUGAAAUUGAAAAGAAGAGAAAUUUAUUAGUUGAAAUUUUAAUAUUAAUGCGCCAAAUUAAAGAAAAUAUUACAUUUGUAACAAAUCUUCAUGCUUUUCUUUUGAAACCUAUGAAUCGAAGUACGGUUCAAUUAAUUUGUCAGCUAAUUGAAGUACAAAAAUCUUUAGAAACAACAUUCCAUACAUUAGCACCAAUCAUUGUAUUAUCACAAAGUCAAGUAUUACAGCAGCUAACAUAUCAGAUUUUAACUAUUUUGGAAACAGUGCGCAAGAGCUUGAUACAAAAAGGUAAAGUUUAUAGUAAAGAAAAAUUAGAUGUUCUGUCAUUAGUUGGAUCUAGCAUGAAAUUGAUUAAUGGACCAGCAACUGCAGAUCGUCGUUUAAUUCUCCGUUGUGCUCUUGUGUGUGCAAGUCAACUUACUGAAAGUUUUAAAGAGGAAGAAGUCGUUAAACUCAGAUUUUAUUUAGAUACCUAUGAUACCAUUGCUGAAUUGUAUAAUCUUCUAUUAGAGAGCUGUGACUACUCAGUUUUAUUACAUCAACAAAGUAUACUUCCAGCAUAUUUAUCUUUAGUUAUAGACAAUAAUUCCAACAUAAGUCAUAUUGUGCAUUUAUUUAAUGCUUUUAAUAGUGCAAUAAGUAAACAAGAGUUAUCUGAUUUAAUUGAAUUUAAAAUUUCAGAGCAAAGAAAAAUUUUAAUUAGAAAUAUAUUUGAACCAGCUUGCAGUGAAAUCGAAACCAAUCUUAGAUUGCAUGUUCAUGCUCAUUUAAAAUUAAAUGAUACUAAUCCAUUUAAAGUAGGGAUUAAAGAUGGAAACAGAAUUAUUCGAUCUUGUCCAUUGCUUAUAAAUGGUAAAUUGCUUUAUGUUAAACGUUAUAUUGAGCAUUAUCUUGAUUACACAUUUUAUAAUUUAACAACAAUAGCAUUACAUGAUUGGAAAACUUAUAGAAUAAUGCAUGCCUUGACAAAUCACAAACUAGGUUUGGAAACAGUACAAAAUCAUUUACCCACGCAGAUUUUAGAACAAGGUCUCGAUGCUUUAGAAAUUAUGAGGAAUAUUCACAUAUUUGUUUCGAGAUAUCUUUAUAAUUUACAUACACAAACAUUUAUUGAACAUUUGAGUUCUAAUAAACAUUUAAAUACCAUUAGUAUACGACAUAUAGCUAAUUCUAUUCGUACUCAUGGCACUGGAAUUAUGAGUACUACAGUGAACUUUGUAUAUCAAUUUCUACGAAUCAAACUUCAUACAUUUUCGCAAUUUCUCUUUGAUGAACAUAUAAAGUCACGCCUAAUACGAGAUGCUAGAUUCAUUAGAUCACAGAAAGAAAAGGGAGCUAUUCCAUAUAGUUAUGAAAGAGCGGAAAAGUUUCAAAAAGGUAUCAGAAGACUUGGAAUGACAUCUGAUGGAUUGAGCUAUCUUGAUCAAUUCCGUCAGCUAAUUACCCAAAUUGGUAAUGCCUUAGGAUAUAUUAGACUAAUACGUUCAGGAGGUUUACAUGCCUCUUCCAAUGCUAUAUCAUUUUUACCUGACAUAAAUUCAUCCACCAAAUUUAAUUCGACGUGUAAGAAAUUGAAUUUUUUAACAACUACUCAGAUUGCUGCCAAACGUUUAGAAGAUGAUAUUGCUAAUUUAGUACGAAAUUUUACUGAAGGCAUACACUAUUUUAAACUUCUUGUCGAUGUUUUUGCAUCUGCUUUUAGAGAUAGUAAUAAUUGUUAUCAUUUACAACAAUUUUAUGCAAUUAUCCCUCCAUUAACAUUCAGCUUCAUUGAUAAUAUCUUAUCUAAUAAGGAAAAAUUGUUUAAAAAAAAUAAGAGUGGCGCUGCAUUUACAGAUGAUGGUUUUGCUGUCGGAGUUGCUUACAUAAAUGCUUUAUUAGAUCAGAAUAAUGAAUUAGACGGCUUACAAUGGUUUAAAACGGUAAAUGAAUAUUUUAUCAUUGAGAAAUCUGCAGCUGAGAGCAAGGCAGAAUAUGAAGAUGAGAAACUGCAGCAAACACGAGCAUUAACAUUAAAACGUCUUGAAGAAAGAAGAGCAGAAUUUCAAUUAUUGUAUUAUAGCUUAUCAGGCGCUAGAGUCUUUUUUAAACAACUAGAUGAAUAGCAUUUAUUUUUGUAAUUCUUAA